AUUUUCUGCUGGACUGACGGGGGAACAUCUAGAGGGAAACUUGGUGGGAGAGAAUGAGAUCCGAUUUGCAACCAACAAUCAUGCUUUAUUUUGAGAAUAUUUACAGACUCACUGAAAGGGAAAUUAAAUAUUAACCAAAGACAAUGUCUGGAUUUUCCAGUAACUUAUCAACAAAUGACUCUAGCGUGUGGAAAGAAAAUAAUAAUUCGACGAACCUUUUAAAUCCGCCAAGAACUUCAAAUAUCUAUCUUUUUUGCCUGACAUGCUUAAUGACUCUUGCAGCCCUGGUGGGCAGCAUUUAUUCAUUAGUUUCCCUGCUGAAAAUGCAGAACAGAACCGUUGUGUCCAUGCUUGUGGCUUCCUGGUCUGGGGAUGAUCUCAUGAGUGUCCUGUCGGUGACCAUCUUCAUGUUUUUGCAGUGGCCAAAGGAGGACCCUGAUUACUUUCAGUCUCUGUGUACCACCUCUGCCUUACUGUAUUUAUGCCAGGGCCUCUCAAGCAAUUUGAAGGCGACUCUCCUAGUCUCCUACAACUUUUACUCGAUGCACAGGGCUGUGGGGAGCCAGGCAGCCUCCAGAAGAUCCGGCCAGGUGCUCGGCGUGGUGCUGACCGUAUGGACAGCCAGUCUGCUGCUCUCCGCGCUCCCGCUGUGCGGCUGGGGCACCUUCGUGCGCACGCCUUGGGGUUGUCUGGCGGACUGCUCCAGCUCCUACGUGCUGCUCCUCUUCGUUGUGUACACUUUGGCUUUCGGACUCCUCGCCGGCCUCUCGGUUCCUCUCACUCACCAGUUAUUGUGUUCGGAGGAGCCGCCGAGACUCCAUGCCAACUACCAGGAAAUUUCCCGCGGAGCUUCCACUCCUGGGACCCCUCCAAGCAGGGGGAGAGUGCUUUCCUUGUCCCCAGUUGAUGCUCCCGGCCCUGCGCUUCGGUGUUCUGGGGGAUGCUCUCUGAGCUCCGACACUGUAUUUGGACCGGGUCCACCAGCUGCCGCUGUGGUUGGAGCCCGCAGGCGUGAGAACCGGGGGACUCUCUAUGGCACCAGGAGCUUCACCGUGAGCGUAGCGCAGAAGCGCUUCUCUUUGAUCCUAGCGCUGACAAAAGUCAUCCUUUGGCUGCCCAUGAUGAUCCACAUGAUGGUUCAGCACGUGGUGGGGUUUCAGAGCCCUCCCUUCGAGACACUCAGCUUUCUACUAACCCUGCUGGCCACCACUGUAACCCCAGUGUUUGUCUUGUCCAAACGCUGGACCCACUUGCCCUGUGGCUGCAUCAUCAACUGUAAGCAGAAUGCAUAUACAGUGGCAUCUGAUGGGGAAAAACCCAAGAGGAGAGGCUUUGAAUUCAGUCUAUCAUUCCAACGAAGUUAUGGGAUUUAUAAAAUAGCACGUGAAGAUUACUAUGAUGAUGAUGAAAAUUCUACAUCCUAUCACAAUCUCAUGAAUUCUGAAUAUAAAACGACAAAGGACUCUCAGAGAGACACUUGUAAUAUCUUCAAUUCCAUAAAAGUGGAAAUCAGCACCGCACCCUCUCGGGACAGUUCCAUACUAAAAGGGAUCAACAAAUACACGAAUACUGAUAUUACAGAGGCUAAGCAGGAGUGCCACAGUGAAAAGGGCGUUGAUCCACUGCUUUCUGAAAGAACAGGAGAUGAUAUUAACUAUGAAGAAACCACCUUUUUGGAAGGGCCAGAAAGAAGACUUUCUCAUGAGGAGAGUCAGAAACCAGACCUUUCAGACUGGGAAUGGUGUAGAAGUAAAUCAGAAAGAACCCCUCGUCAGCGUUCUGGUGGUGCCCUUGCCAUUCCCUUGUGUGCAUUCCAGGGGACCGUGUCUCUCCAAGCACCGACGGGGAAAACCCUAUCUCUUUCUACUUAUGAGGUAAGUGCAGAAGGACAAAAAAUAACCCCAGCCUCUAAGAAAAUAGAAGUCUAUCGAUCCAAAAGCGUUGGCCAUGAACCGAACUCAGAAGAUUCUCCCUCUACAUUUGUGGACACCAGUGUGAAAAUACACUUGGAAGUUCUUGAAAUUUGUGAUAAUGAAGAAGCCUUGGACACUGUGUCAAUCAUUAGCAACAUCAGCCAGUCCUCUACACAGGUCAGAUCUCCAUCCCUACGCUACUCACGGAAAGAAAACAGAUUUGUUUCUUGUGAUUUAGGGGAAACAGCCUCAUACUCUCUCUUUUUACCCACGAGUAAUCCCGAUGGUGAUAUCAACAUCUCCAUUCCGGACACUGUUGAAGCACACAGGCAGAACAGUAAAAGGCAGCAUCAAGAAAAGGAUGGCUACCAGGAGGAAAUCCAGUUGUUAAACAAAGCUUAUAGAAAAAGAGAGGAAGAAAGCAAGGGUAACUAGUGAUCAUUUGGUCUAAUAAGGCAAGAAUGGGUCUGCAAGUUCAAACUGCUAAACUAACAAUUUGGUUCUGAGGCUAUUUGAUUUCCUUACUUGUUGGUUUACAUAAGCAUUACAGAUUUAGUAGUUAACUGUUUUUAGGGCAAGCAGCUGGAACUAGCAUAAACACUUAAGUGCUUUUGAUGUAUUACCUGUAGAUCACACACUGUGGUAAUUAAAAGAUUCGUUUCUUAUCUGAUUCCUAAAGCUGUUUU